AAUAAGUUGUCAAACUAGCCGUUGGUCCCAGCUAUCACUUGUGAACUCUGCACGCCUCCUGAUACUAUAUAUCACUUCGUUCUCCAAUACUCAUUUCCACAACUUCUCCCUCUUUACCAUAUUAAGAGCAUACAAAUUCAAGCUACCUCUCACACUACUUUCAGUGUUCUUGUUCUAAUUUCUCUCACAAUUAUCUCAACUUUCCCUCCUUUUAUAAUUUUUCGUUGGCUUUCUCCAUCUCAGUUUCUUUGAAAGAUGGCUGACCAAAUCCCUUACAGCAUUGCUGAGAAAAUCUUGACUAAGCUGGGCUCCUUGGCUGUCCAGGAAAUUGAACUGGCUCGUGGUGCUAGAAAGGAGCUACCAAACCUUGUGGAGACAUUGACCACCAUCAAAGCUGUGCUUCUCAAUGCCGAGGAGCAGCAGCAGGACGACCCUGGAGUGGAGAAUUGGGUGAGGAGGUUCAAAGAUGUCAUCUAUGAUGCAGAUGAUUUGCUGGAUGACUUUGCAGCCUAUGAAUUGGGGCGAGGAGGAAUCGCAAGACAGGUUAGUCGCUUCUUCUCAUCUUCAAAUCAGGUUGCAUUUCAUUUUAGAAUGGGUCAUAGAAUCAAAGAUAUUAGAGGAAGGCUAGAUGGCAUUGCAAAUGAUAUCUCUAGGUACAAUUUUAUUUCAAGGGCGACAACUAGCAGGCGGGUAGGGAAUACGGGGACACAGACCCACUCUUUUGUGUUGACGUCUGAAAUUAUGGGAAGAGAUGAAGAUAAAAAGAAGAUAAUAAAAUUAUUGUUGCAAUCAAAUAAUGAAGAAAAUCUUUCUAUUGUUGCCAUUGUUGGUAUUGGUGGUUUAGGCAAGACCACCUUAGCCCAAUUGGUAUACAAUGAUCAGGAGGUGCUAAAGCAUUUUGAUCUUAGGUUGUGGGUAUGUGUUUCUGAGGAUUUUGAUGGGAACAUCCUAGUUAGAAACAUCAUAAAAUCUGCAACAGAUGAAAAUGUAGAUACCUUGGGGUUGGAACAAUUGAAAAACAAACUUCAUGGAAAAUUAAAUUCCAAGAAAUACUUGUUAGUAUUGGAUGAUGUUUGGAACGAGGAUUUUGAAAAAUGGGAUCAAUUGAGGAUUUUGUUGAAAGUUGGUGCUAGGGGAAGUAAAGUUCUAGUGACUACUCGAAACUCUAAAGUUGCAUCAACUAUGGGAAUUGAUUCCCCAUACGUUUUGAAAGGCUUAAAUGAAGGUCAAUCUUGGGCUUUGUUUAAAAGUAGAGCAUUUGGAGACAAUGGGCAAAAUGCACGUCCAAACCUCUUACAAAUAGGAGAAGAAAUCACAAAAAUGUGCAAUGGAGUUCCUCUCGUAAUUAAAACUUUAGGAAGAAUAUUGCAUUCUAAAACCGAAGAAAGUCAAUGGGUGUCCAUCCAAAAAAAUAAAAAUCUAAUGUUGCUUCGAGAUGGGGACAACAUAUUAAAGGUACUAAAGUUAAGUUAUGAUAAUUUACCAAGUCAUUUGAAACAAUGUUUUACUUAUUGUGCAUUGUUUCCAAAAGACUAUGAAAUAAAGAAAAAAAUGUUGAUUCAAUUAUGGAUAGCUCAAGGUUACAUUCAACCUUUAGAUGAAAAUGAACAUUUAGAGGAUGCUGGUGAUCACUAUUUCAAGGAGUUAUUAUCACGGUCAAUGUUUCAAGAGGUUAAUAAUAGGUAUAAAAUGCAUGACCUUAUCUAUGAUAUGGCACAAUUAAUAGUAAAGUCUGAGAUCUUUAUUUUAACAAAUGUUCAAACUACUAUCCCGGAAAGAAUUCAUCAUUUAUCAAUUUCGGGAUGGAGUCAGGGAAUGACGGUUUUAAAGGAAAAAUCCUUAAGAACUUUAUUUGCAAGUGAUUAUGAUGAUUCCUGUGCUAAUUCUAUGGUGAAUGGACUUGUUCUAAAUUGCAAGUGUUUACGAGUGUUAGACUUAGGUGCGGGGUCAAAGGCUAUAAAAUUGCCAAAGUCUGUAAUUAAAUUGGGUCAUUUGAGGUAUCUCAGCCUUUCUUGUGGUGAAUUUGAGGUACUUCCUAGUGGUUUUACAAGCUUACAAAAUCUGCAGACGUUGAAACUUUGGAGAUGUGAACAUCUUAAAGAAUUGCCAAGAAAUAUAAGAAAAAUGAUUAACUUGAGGCACCUCGAGAUAGAUGGAUGCAGGAGAUUGAAUUAUAUGCCUUGCAGAUUGGGAGAAUUGACUAUGCUUCAGACCCUGCAUCUUGCAUAUCUGGAUGCGAUGGAAUACAUGUUUGAAAACUCUUCAUCAACAGAGCCAUUCUUCCCAUCUCUUAAAACACUUAAGUUGGAUGAGUUGUGUAAUUUCAAGGGAUGGUGGAGGGAGAUAGCGGGAGAGCAAGCUCCUUCAUUUCCUUCUCUUUCUCAAUUGUUGAUUAGGAAUUGCGGUCAGUUAACAACCGUCCAACUGCCUUCGUGUCCCUCUCUUUCUACAUUAAAGAUCACUAAGUGCGGUCAGUUAACAACCGUCCAACUGCCUUCGUGUCCCUCUCUUUCUGGAUUACAGAUCUAUGCGUGCGGUCAGUUAACAACCGUCCAACUGCCUUCCUGUCCCUCUCUUUCUAGAUUAGAGAUCUAUGGGUGCGGUCAGUUAACAACCGUCCAACUGCCUUCCUGUCCCUCUCUUUCUAUAUUAGAGAUCUAUGAGUGCGGUCAGUUAACAACCGUCCAACUGCCUUCCUGUCCCUCUCUUUCUAUAUUAGAGAUCUAUGAGUGCGGUCAGUUAACAACCGUCCAACUGCCUUCCUGUCCCUUUCUUUCUACAUUAGAGAUCUCUGAGUGCGGUCAGUUAACAACCGUCCAACUGCCUUCCUGUCCCUCUCUUUCUACAUUAAAGAUCGAUGAGUGCGAUCAGUUAACAACCCUCCAACUGCCUUCCUGUCCCUCUCUUUCUACAUUAAGGAUCUCUGACGGUCAGUUACCAACCGUGCCUUCGUGUUCUUCUCUUUCUGAAUUAGAGAUUAUUUCUUGCAAUCAGUUAACAACCCUCAAACUGCCUUCGUGUUCUUCUCUUUCUAAAUUACAGAUCUGGUUUUGCAAUCAGUUAACAACCCUCGAACUGCCUUCGUGUCCCUCCCUUUCUACAUUAGAGAUCGAUGGGUGCGAUCAGUUAACAACCGUCCAACUGAUUUCAUCUCCCCAUCUUUCUAAAUUAGUUAUUAACAAUUGUGGAAGCUUGGAAUCCCUACAACUGCCUGCGUGUCCUUCUCUUUCUGAAUUAAGGAUCCAAUGUUGCUAUCAGUUAACUGUCCAACAACUGCCUUCAUGUCCAGAACUUUCUGAAUUAGAGAUCAUUUGUUGUAAUCAGUUGACAACCGUCCAACUGCUUUCAUCUCCCCAUCUUUCUAAAUUAUUUAUUGGGUAUUGCGAAAACUUGAAAUCCCUGCAACUGCCUUCGUGUCCCUCCCUUUCUACAUUAGAGAUCGAUGAGUGCGAUCAGUUAACAACCGUCCAACUGAUUUCAUCUCCCCAUCUUUCUAAAUUAGUUAUUUACAAUUGUGAAAGCUUGGAAUCCCUACAACUGCCUGCGUGUCCUUCUCUUUCUGAAUUAAGGAUCAAAUGUUGCUAUCAGUUAACUGUCCAACAACUACCUUCAUGUACAGAACUUUCUGAAUUAGAGAUCAUUGGGUGUUAUCAGUUGACAACCGUCCAACUGCUUUCAUCUCCCCAUCUUUCUAAAUUAUUUAUUCGGUAUUGCGAAAACUUGAAAUCCCUGCAACUGCCUUCGUGUCCUUCUCUUUCUGAAUUACAGAUCAUAGAUUGCCAUGAGUUAACAACCGUCCAACUGCUUUCAUCUCCUCGUCUUUCUAAAUUAUAUAUCGAGAGUUGCAUAUGCUUGGAAUCCUUGCUACUGUCUUCUUUACCUUGUCUUGAGGAACUAAUCCUGGGUGGACUCCCUAAGGAGACACUAUGGCGGAUAAUUUUGGUCUCUUCUUCAUUGAAGUCUCUGCAUAUUUCGGGCAGAAAAUCUCUGCCAGAUGAUCGACUACAACACAUCACUUCUCUCAAGUCUCUGUUUCAAGGGAUUCAACAUCUCGGCGCCCUUGAGGAGUUACGAAUUAAUCACUGCAACUUGUCAGAUAAAGAGGAUGAUGAUGGUGGGUUGCAAUUUCAAGGCCUUAGAAGCUUGCGUAAACUAUUUAUUACAGGAAUUCCAAAACUGGUGUCUCUUCCAAAGGGGCUUCAACAUGUUACCACACUGGAAAUUAGGUCUUGCGAUGGACUAAUAAUGUCUCAGUUUCAAGGGAUUCAACAUCUCGGCGCCCUUGAGGAGUUACGAAUUUAUAACUGCAACUUGUCAGAUAAAGAGGAUGAUGAUGGUGGGUUGCAAUUUCAAGGCUUUAGAAGCUUGCGUAAACUAUUUAUUUCAGAAAUUCCAAAACUGGUAUCUCUCCCAACGGGGCUUCAACACGUUACCACACUGGAAACUCUCAGUAUUACCUGUUGUUCUGAUUUCACCACUUUACCAGACUGGAUAAGCAGCCUAACUUCCCUUUCAGAGCUGAAAAUUGAGAGGUGCCCUAGAUUCAAGCUUGAAGAUAGUUCCAAGAUUGCUCAUAUUCCAACAAUUCACAUAGUUCAAAGAUAUAUGUAAGAGUUAUAAUUGUCCACUGUUGAAAGGAAGCUGCCAAAAGAAACAUGUGCAGAUUGGCUUACGAUUGCUCAUGUCCAAACAACUCUUAUUGGCAUCAUGCACUGCUGCAUGAAGGAGUUCCACUCUAUUCGGUUCAAGAGUGUCAUCCACAAUUUUCAGGUUUGCAAUGCCUACAUCUUUUCCCACUUUUGAUGGAUUCAUCUUUCAUGAUUUUUCUAUAAAACCUUUAAGUUUGUUGGACUCUGUUAAACAGAGUCCAAGGAAGAAAAUUACAGUGCUUGAAAUCCAAGGAAGAAUGGUUGAGGGAAAACAAUACUUUCAAUGCUUGAGACCAUAUUGGGGAAGCCUGAUUAUUGGUGGCUGCAAGAAAAUGGGUGGUCUCUAAACUAUUGGGGUGGCCCAAAACCAGUUGCCAAUAAGGGGAUGAGGAGGCUGAGUCAGUGAUGAGGUUCUACCACUGUAUAGUCAACUUCCUUCUUUAAAAUUUUUGAAACUUGAGAAUCCAACUGCAGUGGGAAUAUCCUCAAUUCCUUGUCUUUCUGAAUUAUAUAUAUCAGAAAAUGCCAUCACUUGACAUCUUUGAAUUUGCCUUCAUCUCCCUAACUUUCUCAAUUAGGUAUGUAUCACAGAAUGCCAUAACUUGACAUCAUUGAGUUUGCCUUCAUCUCCUUGUCUUUGUAAAUUAGAUGUCAACUAUGGCACUAACUUUUGACAUCAUUGGCACUACUUUCAUCUCAUUUUUGCUUGUUCCACCUGCCCUAUAAAAUGCUUAGAUUAGUAAAUAUUGAAAUCCAUCAUCUCGUCAAACACAUCAAUUGCUAGUGGACGUUGUUUGCCAAAAUGUCUAGUUAUUUGGUGUCUGUAACGUUUGGAAAAUUUCUUGACACUAUUUUAUUGCGGCUGUAAUUGCUAUCAAGUCAAAGAAAAAUGGUAUGCUGGUGGCAUUGAACACUUCUAUCAAGUAUGGAUAAGGUCAAAGGUGCUAAUAGCCUAAUUUGCAGAGUCUCAUAAUCUAGAAUUCUCCAUACUAAUUUCAAAGAUGUGACAAAAGGCAAAACUGAAGAUUGGUCAAUAUAUUACUGAUUCAUAAACAGCUCUUUAAUUCUAGCACGCCACAUGAUUAGGUUUCAGGUUUGCAAUUCUACAGUUCUAUCAAUUAUAAUCAUUCCUCUCUUUUGCUUUUGAUCAUUUGCUUCUCUUAUUUAAUUUAUUAAAAAUUGUUAUAAUUUGUUUUAGAGGAGAGGGGUCUUAGUAGAACCAUUCUUUCCUGCCAUGAUGAAAAAACUCAAAAGUUGAAACAACUGAAACAAAUGGUGGAGGGGCUAGUUACACUGCCAGAACAACAACGUCCAUUCCUGCCACAAUUUCCUUUCUUUCUAUACUCCCUGAGCUGACACAUGCCAUUGCGUGAAUGUCUUGAUCUUCUUGCGUCACCUUUAAAGUCAAUACAUAUUGAAGGCAUAAAUGGAUCUGACAUCUCUUCUAGAAAAAGGGUAGCAACACCUCAUGUCUCUCAAUUUUUGGUAAGUACAAUAUAUCUUUAUCUACUUGUCCAAGUCUAGAUAUCCCAAGUGUAGAUAUUAGUGAUUGUGAAUUCUAUGUCCUUAUCUUAGGGAAAUUUUGCAAGUCAAAGAAUUUUUGGGAUGAAGAUAGCAUCCAACUUUUAGGAGUUGAGAAUUUGUGCCAAAUAUGUAUUCCCCUUACCCAAGGAGUUCAGCAUGCUCAUUUUAGGACCAUGCUCAUUUUCUGACUUUGGCAUACUAGAUUCAUUUUACAAAUUCAUUCAUCCUUCUGUUCUUGAUUGUUUAUCUCUUCUUAUUCAUUGCUAUCGCAGCUAGGGAAUCUCUUCAUCAGCAAUGCCAUUCUUCCCUUCUUUUAACGGACUCCAAAUUUUUGAGUUGCUGAAAUUGGAAGGAUGGUGGAGAGGUGUAUCACAUAACUUGUCUUCAUUUCCUUGUCUUGAGGGGCUAUACUUUUGUGAUGUCCAUAAAGAGCUAUUGUGGCUGACAAUGUUUGCCUCUUCUUCAUUGAAGAUGCUGGAUAAUCAAAUUUUUCAUUAAGAGGCAAUUUGGUUUUGGGGAGAAGGCAAAACAAGGAGAAUUAGGAAGAAUAGUCUUUCCCAUUCUUGAAAGUUGCACAAACUUAAAAAACGAACAACAUUUAUUCUCCCUAUGCUGACAUCCAUGCCACCGCAUCUAUGUCUGGAGGAUCUAGAUCUGUACAAUACAACAGUAUCUUCUUCAUAUGCCUUCAUCUUAUGCAAGGUUGAUGCUCAGUGUGUUAUUACACCAGAAAAUCUAACAGUCUGGGAUUGUGCUUUGGUAGACAAGGUAGGUACUUCACAUCACAGAGUUUGUUAUUGUUCAUUUUUGAGCUUGAAAUCUCUGCCUCGGAUGCCAAAAGGAAGCAAGUGAAGAUUGGCCUAUUGACUUCUUCAUGUCCCAGGAAUCAUAUCCCCACUAGUCACAGACCACUGAUUCAUAAAAGACCACUGAUGCAUGCUUAUUACUUGGCAACCAAAUUGAUAAAAAGUAUUAUGCCCAAAUUUCUAUUCUUGUACAUUGGUUCUUCAAGGCAAUAGAACAACAACAUAUUGAAGUGCAUGAGUUGGCAAAUCUUCAGCUUAAAUGAUGUUCCUAUGUGUAUGCUGAUGAAUUCAAUCUCUGCUGAGUGUUCCUCUGGAGUUUUCUCUGUCAUUGCGUUAUGGAUGACUCAUGAAUAUUAUCUUAUGAUUUGCAAGCUCCUACGACAUAUGUCAAACUCAUCAAUGGAAAAUAAUUGAGUUGCAAGUCUGAAUCUGGAAGCAUUGAUUAUUUUGACAAGGUGAAUUAUAUGAGUGGAUUAAGUUUAAUCAAAACCCUUGGGAGCAAUUCUUAGUGGAAGAUGGCCUCAUAUUUCAUAACGUUGUCAAGCAUUGUUGAUUUACAAGAAGUCUUUAAACAACUGGUGAAACAAGAGGGUCAUUGGUCAGAGGAACAAUGGGAUCAAAAUUCUCCUUCAUCUCCCAAAUCAGCCUCAAAGAACCGCUGGGAUUAUUUCUAACUUUGUGGAUCUCCUCACAUGCCAUGAAAGUGCAUCUAGUAUCAACAUCUUGUCUACUACAAAUGUAAUAUUUUUCCAGUAAUAAGGUGACACAUUUUUAUGUUCUUGCCAUGGUUUAAUUUCCAAUAUGUAUCAAUUUCAUGUUUUCAAUUUCUGGGUCAAACAUUAAGAAGUAGCCUCUUGCACCAUAUUCCUAAGAAGGAUUUUUUGGAAGACAUCUCUUUUUAAAUGUAAUCUUGUUGUUACAAGCUAUGCAUGACCAAUAUAUCGUUUUAUUACAUGUGC